AGUAGCUUGGAGAGGACCAGUCAUGGCGGCGGCGGCGCUCGCGGGCCGGCGGCUGCUCCUGCAGCGAUGCGCGGCGGGGGGGAGGUGCCGGCUGCUGGGGACGGCGGCGGAGGCCUCGUCCUCUCCGGGAGGGAGCGAGGAGGCGGGCGGGGCCGCAGGAGGGGACGAGAUCUACCUGAAGAAGCCGGCGGCGGCAGUGACGACGCGGGACGAGACCUCGGUGGCGAUGCCGAUGUCGUUCAUGACGGGGUCGGUGGUCGGGAAGCGGUUCUACCGCGAGGCCACCGUGCGGCGCGCCGACGACGGGAACGGGUGGACGGUGAUGCUCGACUACCGCACCCUCAAGUCGCCGGCGAAGCGGCCGCUCAAGCUGCAGUCGCGGACGCUCGCCAUGGCCAUCGCGGCCGAGUGGGAGUACCAGGAAUCAGAUGGAAUCCGGCCUUUUACGAUGCCUCUUAUGAAGCUUGCUUGCACUGCACUGGAGCGAGUUCCGUUGACACGAAAAAGGAUAAUUGAUAAUUUGAUGAAGAAAUUUCAUCAAGAUUUGGUAUUUUGCCGUUCGCCUGCCGAUAAUGAGCUGACUGUAGGAGUUCAUCAAAGACAACAGGAGAAAAUUGACCCAAUACUAGACUGGGUAAACACUGAGUUUGGGUUCAAACCUGUUGUAUACACAAGCUUUUUUGGUGGACACCAAGAUGAGGGGUUAGCUAAGGCUGUAGAAACUGUUUUGAAGAAUACCACUGACUUUGAGUUGGCAUCUAUUGAUGCUAUGGCAGCAGCAGCCCAUUCCUUGGUAAUCCCUCUUGCAAUAUUCAGAGGGCGGCUGGGAAUUGAGCAGGCAAUUGAAUUGAUCAGGCUUGAAGAAGAUCACCAGGUUGAUCGAUGGGGCUUGGUUGAAGGAGGACAUGAUGUUGAUAUUGCUGAUCUUAAAGUGCAAAUGUCUUCAGCUGCUGUGUUUCUUUUACUCUCAUGGCAACUAUAAUUGCUUUCAAUAGUCAAUCUACAAACUGGUUUGUUCUUCUUUGUUCAAUUUCGAGAUUGUAUCAGCUUCUAUAUGAAGAGUUGUAGAAUAAGACUUCCCUGCAGAUGGUUAAUAGGGGAACAAAGCUCCAGUGUUUAAUCGGUGCUAUUGUUGGCUUCUGGUACAAGUUGAGAAUAGUAUGUUGUACUUGAAACCUAACUUCGUUGAGGAAUGUCAGAACUUUUGUGAAACUACUUUUGCAGCCGGCAGCAAUUCUGGCAAUAGCAAUAGCAUCUCUCUGCUACUGCACUGUCUGGUAGACUGUAGCGUAACAUUUCAGCUCAGUUUUGGUUUGGAUGUGAAGUGAGCUGUACUGUAACAAACUGGAUCACUAUUCAGACUUGUUAAACCGGCUAUAUAAGUUCUGGUUUGGAUUGUUAUUUCU